AUGCUUGUCCGACGACGCUCCCUGGUCGUUCUCGCCUCAGCGAUCUCAUUCAUGCUCAUUGUGGGCUAUACAAUCCAGUCAAGCCUUCGCAUCCGUAACUUCCUCUCCUACUCCACCCGACCCCUCUGGGACAAACCUCUCGGCCCGCACACGACCCUCCCGCACUACUACGCGGAGGGCGUCGCCUUCGACGACCACCUCUGCGCGCUCCACGGCUGGGCCCCGCGCGAUGAGAACGACCUCCCUGAAGUCUGGGACGCCGUCCUUUUCUCCUCCGAGCUCGACCUCCUUGAAAUUCGCCUACACGAGCUCGACCCUGUCGUCUCUAAGUUCUUCAUCGUCGAGGCCGACCGCACCUUCACCGGUAUCCCUAAGAACCUCACCUUCGCCGAGCACGCCGAGCGCUUCGCCCCCUUCGCGCACAAGCUCGUCCACUCCGUCUUCCAUGCGCGCACGUUGAACCCUGGGGAGAGCCCGUUUGUGAACGAGGGGGACCAGCGGAGACAUAUGGACGCGCUCCUCAGGGAACACGCGCACCAGGAGAGGGAGCGGCUAAAGGUAUCCCCGCUCGUUCUGUUCUCGGACGUGGACGAAAUCCCAUAUGCGCAUACGAUGAAGCUGCUGAGGCGGUGCGAGGCCCCGAACCCCAUCCACCUCCAGAUGCGCGAGUACCUGUACUCGUUUGAGUGGCCCGCGGGCGAGGGGAGCUGGCGCGCGCAGGUGCACCAGCUCGGGUCGCCAAGGAGCGGGUACAACCAUGGACAGGUCGCUGACUGGAAAUUGGCGGAUUCGGGGUGGCACUGUAGCUUCUGCUUCAGGUACCUGCACGAAUUCGCGGACAAGAUGACCGGGUACUCGCAUGCGGACCGCGUAACGGACAAGUCAUUGCUCGACCCGAAGAGGAUACAGCAGACCAUAUGCGAAGGGAAGGAUAUCUUUGGAAUGUUGCCGGAGGCGUACAAGUGGAAGGAUCUUCUUGCUCUCAUGGACAAAGACGCCUAUAGUCAACCAUCUGCCGUACAUGUGCCCGGAUAUCUCAUCGAACAGAGCGAGAAAUUCAAAUUCCUCCUACCUGGAGGUUGCAUACGAGAGCCAUGA